ACGCCCUUGCUGCCUCCAAGAUAUAUCUCUUCCUUCUCCCCGUACCUGGAUCCACACGAGAGCGUAUUGUUGGUUGUGUAGUAGCUCAGAGCAUCGAGACAGCGAUGAAAAUUGUCGAGAAGAAUACCCCUGCACUCGACAAUCUGGUUCAUGUUGAUGGGAGUAUUUAUUGCGAUCUCGAGGAUUUUCGUUACAAAGACGUAUCGUCGCUCAGGUAUCGCUCAUGCGCUGCUCGAUGCUGCAGCAAAGACCUUUAUUCACGGUUGUCCAUUGGAUCCCCUCAAAGGUCAUAUCGCCUUUUCUCAACCUACAGGUGA